UUGCGGCUUUCUGCCAUUUCAUUGAGAUCCAAGGUUUUCAUACGUGUGACCUCAUAUACACAACCUCAGAUUUUCCAGUAUUUUAACUACACCUUCCCUCCCCUGAUUUGGCAGAGUGCAGAAUACGCUGUAUUCGUUCACUGAGGAUUCGCUCUGGAUACCUGUCUGACCCCGUAUCACUUCGAUUCACUGUAUAAUCUUCGAACAAAUGCUAGGGGUACGAUUUAUGCGUGAUGACAUUUACUAAGUAGUCUGUGGAUCAGAUACGACAAAUGUAGAAUCUCGUUCUCAUGAACAUGGGAUAGAAAUUUCAGCUGACUGCAUUGCACCGUAAUGUUUGUCUAUUAUGGAAAUGGUUAGUACAUGGGGCUGAGAGGCAACUUUUUUGUGCAUCUCUAGGGACCAAUUCCAGAGCUGGGGAGGCCUAAUCGUGGGUGUGGGGUUAUCUUCUCGCCCUCAACCCUAAACCUGGUCGCAAUCUGUGCCUAUUCUUGAAGGAGAGUUUUUCCAGUGGCUUACUCCUCAAACCAAAGCCCUGAUGCCAGGGUCUCACUGCUUCGGUCUAACGAUGAGCCUGUGGGGUGAGAGUGUCUCGGCACUUCUCACGAGUCCCGGGCAAUCGGGUCGCCUCCUUUUACAAGAACAGGCGCGAAGAUGUGCUAUCUCUACACUCUUUGGAGCAUAUAUUGCUUGAAGACGAAGCGGCAUGUUUGAGUUGGAACUUGCACUAGUUUCCUUUACCAACUUCACUGUCCACUAUGAAUCACUUCAAUUAUGUCACUCUAUAGGCGAAUUAAUUUUUUCUCGAAAUGUCUGUGAACUUCUGUGUUGGUCACACUUGAUUUCAUUUCUUAUCUAUGUUACUUCUUUAAUUGAAGACCACUUCCACAGGAGAGUAAAAGUAAUGUGUACGUGCGGCUCUCACCCCUCUCACCCUUGAAAGCGCAAUGAAAGUCCAUGGCUGUGCAAGGGCAUGCUUAAAGCAUCAUCAAUGCUCACAAUCGUUAAGUUAGAAAUUUACUUAACAUGUAUGAUACCCCUGAAGCUUUAGGUAACCCUCGAACGACUUGUGGUGAACCUCUUAGUCUAUCAAGGUGACCAAUUUGAUCACCUUUAGGAGUUUAAGAGUCAAGAGAUGCGGGCACCGAGGAAAGAUCUGAAAAGAGACGUGAACUUUACAGUUAGGUUGCAAAAAUAAUUUACUUGGAGCCUCUCAACUGAAUCAGUUCGGCUGAAGCCAGGGGACAAGAUUCGAAGGUUGCCAAUUAGCGCCAACGUAGAGGGUCAAUCGCAGGAGAAAUUUUUCUGAACUCAAAGUUACAGAAAACUUUUCCUUCUCAAUGGCACAAGGUGAGGUAUGCAGGUUGCAAUUAAAGCGACCAGGAAAUGUAUGCAUCGGUCCAGCUCGAUAUGAUACACUCUACCUCCAAGAGUUUGCAGCGCCUAAGAGAUCUGACUAUCCUCCUCCGAAAACGGGCGGAGGCUGGCAUCAAAGUUCGUCAAGACAAGUUUCCAUUAACACUCCUUACAAGACCGACAAAUCUCUGUACAGCAUCGAAUUCGGCCGAGUAAAAGUUCCUGGACAGAAGGAUUAUAAGACACUACGGAAGAGGUACCCUGCUUGGACACGUACACAGGUCGCACCUUUCAUUCCGCAAUUCCCAAAAGAAUCGGAGGAGAGAUAUGGGAGUGCGGUGGAGCAUGGGGGGCCUGGUGGAUCUUUGGACUUUGAGGACACAUUGAAAGAUCACGCCAGAUGCAACCAUGGCGACCAUAAAAGAUAUGUGUCAAGGGCAGAGAAUCCUACACGGUAUCCGUUCAGGUUAUGCAAUCCAGAGUUCGUAGAUCACGAUCGACCGAUUGCAGUCGGUCCAAAACCUGUCAUUCCAUAUCCCAAGAGAGUAACUGAAGACGACGUCCGGAAUAAUCCUCCCAAGGGAUGGAAAGGAACGAAAGGAUUCUUCACUCCCGAACCGAAUGGUAUCUCAUCAGAAUCCGGUCUGUUGGCAGCGAGUAUGUAUUACCGCAUUUGUCGUCCACUAGAAGGUACCCUCCUGGCCAUGAAGGGUGACAGAAGCAUCAAAUCUUCAGUCAUGAGCUGAAAUUCCACCCAAUCAAAUUCCAAAGGAUUUCAGCUUUGAUUAGCUCCAAUCAAAGCUACCAGUAUUGAGCCUGAUCUCAACUUCUAAGCCUGCUUUUUUAUUUCUUCAGUCUCUAGCUGCAGUAGAUUACAACAUAUUGUUUAUGUAUAUCUUCUUUGACCUGCAACGUUGAUUAGGACGUUAAUCAGGCCAUUAAAGGAUACAACUUAGAUUACUUAGCAGAGAGGUAACAGAAUACUGGAAUAGAAGAAUGAAUAAUUAUGAAUACUUAUUACUUAACGUUUUAGUUGAGUUCCUUUAAAACUCAUAAGUAAUAAGUAAAUUAAUUGUAUAAAACUGUGAUAAAUUAUGAUAUUCAUCAUUUUUAUCUCGCAAUUUUCUUGAACAAAAGAUUAAGGAGAAAAAAAAAAUUAAUUCAA